AUGGGCAUCAGAGGGAUGCUGCGAGCCGCUGUGCUCCUGCUACUCAUCAGGACAUGGCUCUCAGAGGGCAACAACACCACUUCCCUCCCGGAAUUCUACAUCGAGCUCUCCUCGACCAUGCCUGAAGUCAUCCAGAACGUCUUCAAUUGCAAAAAUUGUGCAAAUGAAGCUGUGGUUAACAAGAUUUUGGACAGGGUGCUGUCAGGAUAUGAUGCCCGUCUGAGACCACAUUUUGGAGGUGACCCUGUGCCUGUGGGAAUAUCUAUGUAUGUCUCCAAUAUUGAACACAUCUCAGAAAUAACUAUGGACUGUAAGGUCACAAUGUUUUUUCAUCAAACCUGGAAAGAUCCACGUCUAGCAUACUGUGAGACCAACUUAAACUUGACUUUGGACUAUCGGAUGGCUGACAAGUUGUGGCUCCCCGACUGCUACUUUCUAAAUAGCAAGGAUACCUUAGUGCCUGACAUGACUGUGGAAAAUCGUAUGUUUCAGCUUCACCCAGAUGGAACAGUGCAUUAUGGCAUCCGACUCACCACCACAGCAGCUUGUUCUAUGAAUCUUCAGAAAUACCCUUUGGACAAGCAGAUUUGCAAGCUGGAGGUGGAGAGCUAUGGUUACACGGUUGAAGACAUCAUGUUAUACUGGGAAGGUGAUGAGAAUGCCAUCCAGGGGACUGAAAAGCUACAGAUCCCUCAGUUUAACCUCCUGGGAAAAAUAAUAACUAGAAAAGAGGAGAUUUUCUACACAGGUUCCUAUGUGCGACUAAUACUGAGAUUCCUGAUCCAGAGGAAAAUUAUCAACUACCUUGUGCAGGUCUAUUGGCCUACUAUCAUCACCACUAUUGCUUCUUGGGCAACGUUUUGGAUGAACUAUGAAUCUUCUGUAGCCAGGGUGACAAUCGGUCUGACUUCAAUGUUCAUCCUGAACACCAUCAAUUCACACCUGCGGGAAAAACUCCCUGAAUUUUCUUGUAUCAAGGCCAUUGACAUCUAUAUGGUUGUAUGCUUCUUCUUCGUGUUCCUGUCCUUGCUGGAAUAUGUCUACAUCAACUAUCUUUUCUACAGCCGAGUAGGAACUCGGCGCCGUCAUAGGCAAUGCAGCAGAGCUCGAAAAAUCAUGGAUCACUAUCGCUACCAGGAGGUAUCCACUAUUUCCUCAAAAGAUGACCAGUUUGACAUCAAAGACGAAAGUGGCUCUCCUCUCUCUAGACCAGUGCAGGCCCACUCAGCAAGCCCAGAAAGCCUCGACUAUUUGACCUUCAUCUCAGAGCGGGUCCCACUGGCCACCUCAGAAAGCCUCAGCUCACUGUCUUCGCUCUCGCUCCAGUCUUGGCUGGCCACUGAAGAAAGCUUGAAUGAUCUCUCCUCCACCUCAGAGCAGGCACUGCACAGCGGUGACACCCACUUUAAUGGUUUUGAGACUGAUGGCAGUGUUAUUCCUACCAAAAUCUACAAUCCUGGUGAUGCCCAUUGCCAUACCGAGACCUUCUGUGACCCAGAAGACCCUGAAGAGAGCUACAGCUUGGAUGACAACCAUGGCUAUGGCCCCAAUAGAAAGCAUCUGCUCGUCCAUGGCCAGGGGUGUGUGCAAGAAGCAAGCUGUGAGCCUGAUAACAUGCAUAGAUGCCGUGAGGAGUUCCUUCACUUGCCUGGUGACAUCAACGUUGAACAAGACUACCUUGACCUUGAGAACCAACUACAGCGUGAUGCUGACACUGCCUGGAGCCAUAAUGAUGACAAUUUCAUGGGCUUUGAUGAAGAUGAGGACAGUAGUUCAGAAUCUGAUGAUAGUUGCCCCCCAAGCCCUGGGCACUCCUGCAGGGAAAGGUUUUGUUCUGAGAUCUUUGACCCUGACUACAUUCCUAAGAUUGAUAAGUGGUGCCGGAUCCUCUUCCCUCUUGCCUUUGUGGUGUUCAACAUUAUUUACUGGCCAUACCAUGGCUUUUAG